AUGAGUUGUGGUUAUUGAUCUGUAGAAUGGAUGGGAUGCAAAGCCUCAGUAGUCCAGGCCCACUGUCUAAAUGCCAUUCUUCCUUUGAUGAUUUAACAGCACCUACCCUCAGUAGCUGCUCCAGCUGCAGCAUCUUGAUGAUUCCUUGGCUUCCUGACACUUAAAAAUCCCCCCUAUUGCUCCAGAUAGAAGAUAUUCCAGCCCUGUUUCUUGUCCUCAUGUUGCCAAGAGCAGAACCGAAAGCCCCUGAGAGCCACAGUCAUUCACCAGUGUUGUUAUUGUAACAACAAACACAUGGAAGACAUAUCCAACAGAAAUCCCAGCGCUUGAUUAAAUCCACUUGACCUCACCAAGCCUUUUCUAAGACUUUUGAUUUAGCUCUCAUCUUCCCUUCAACCGGAAUAAUUUCCAUGUCGUUGCCAUUUUCGUGGUUUUUAGGGGCGAAGGAUGGACACCACCAGUGUCCGCUCCUGUGCUCGACCUCCUCUUCCUCCUGGCUGCUCAGCAGAAUCCACUUUCCCAGCUCACGCUAAGUAGCUGGAGCUUUGCUUGUUUUCUGACCCUGAACACCUGAGCAGUAGACAGCAGGCUCAGAAUGGAGAACUCAGGAUUCAACCUAAAAAUGACACCUUUUCCUUCAAAAUUAUGAGGCAGGUUUAAGUUAUUGCUAGUUUUGUUUAACACAUUUGUUCAACUUUGACAGACACUGUCAAGUUUGAAUUUAUAUAUAAUAUAAUGUGUUUUUUCUCUGACAAGUAGAUACAAUCAUAUAUCAGUAAUGUUAUACACAUUAAAAAGUGAGGACUGCAAAUUAAGCCACAGCAUGUAGACAAUAUGCCUGACAUGGUGCAAUAGAGGUUUUAUGAAACAAUAUAAGAGAAAAAACAAGAGUAAAUUGAGGAAUGUUGAGGAGGAAGAUAACACGAGACCUCUGGAAGCUAAUAAGGGGCACUUUUUCUUUCUUUUACAAGUAAUUAGUUGGUGAAAUAUGAGCAUAAUAAUCCCUAAAUUAAAAAAUGAUACAGGCUUCAUUAUUGCAUAAAACACUCAGACUCAGUCUGAAUUGUCACUAUUUCCUCUGCUGUUGUCUUCUGUGUUUACACCAGGCAAGUGACCUGGUGAUCCAGCUGUCCUCCACUCUAAAGGCCAAAUCGGAGGUGUUUGCCUUCGGGACAGUCUUCACUGACCACAUGCUGACCAUAGAGUGGAGUGCAACUGAGGGUUGGCAGGCUCCAUUCAUCAAGCCAUUUGGGAACUUGUCACUUAAUCCGGCCUGUUCGUCACUACACUAUGGCAUACAGCUGUUUGAAGGGUUGAAGGCGUACCGCGGGGAUGACAACAGACUGCGUCUCUUCAGACCGAUGCUCAACAUGAACCGCAUGGCCAACUCUGCCAAGAGAGCUUGUCUACCUGCCUUUGAUCAGUCAGAGUUUCUGGAGUGCAUCAGGAGACUUGUAGAGAUUGACCAGGACUGGGUUCCUCAGUCAGACUCAGCCAGCGUGUACAUCAGACCAACAUUUAUCAGCACUGAGCCAUCUCUGGGUGUAAAGAAGCCUGCUCGUGCCUUGCUGUAUGUGAUCUUGUGUCAAGUGGGCGCUUACUUCAACACCGAUGCAAAGGGCCUCUCCUUGUGGGCCAACCCAAAGUACACGCGGGCCUGGAAAGGAGGAACUGGAGACUGCAAGAUGGGAGGGAACUACGGAUGCUCUCUGUUUGCCCAGUAUGAAGCAGUGGAUUAUGGGUGUCAGCAGGUGCUGUGGCUGUAUGGAGAGGAUCACCAGAACACUGAGGCAGGAACCAUGAACAUCUUCCUGUACUGGAUCAAUGAGGAUGGAGAGGAGGAGCUUGCAACACCACCUCUUGAUGGCAUCAUCCUCCCAGGUGUUACCCGGAGGAGCAUCCUGGAACUAACCAGGAAAUGGGGUGAAUUCAAGGUGACGGAGCGUUACCUGACCAUGAGCCAGCUGUGCUGCGCUCUGAAGCAGCAGCGGGUCAAAGAGAUGUUUGGCUCCGGCACUGCCUGCAUGGUCUGCCCUAUUGGACACAUUGUGUAUCAGGGAGAGAACUUGCACAUACCCUGUCAGGAAGAAAAUUCACAGCUGGCUUCACGGAUAGCAAAGGAACUCACAGAUAUACAGUACGGCCGUACAUCCAGCGACUGGACUUUCCUGGUGUAGCAGACAUGAAGAAGCCUGGAAAACAUACACACACAAUGAUAA